CAUCGUUCCACGACGCAUGCAUGCCGAGAGAUCCAGGUACAGCGAUUCCUGCAGCAGGAGUUGUAAUGCGACCUCGGAUAUCGGCCUCUGGAGGCUGAAGACAUCUAAUCACCUCCACGAGCCCAGCUCCGCUAUCAGGCACGAUGCAGCCUCCACCAGGAAUGUCCCAAACCGACUUCUCGUUCGGCCUCAUGCUCCUUGAGCGGGACAACAAACACCUCAUAGCAAUGGCGCGUAAAGAGCUCCAAGCUCCUGGCUCGACACCGACAGAGGAAGUGGUCCACGCCCUGGUCACGGACAAAAGACGAGCGCAGGGGAAGAAGCAGGUUGCUCUUAUCGUUGGCGCUUCACGCGGCAUUGGGCGACAGAUUGCCAUUGACCUUGCAAAGGAAGGAUACGCAGUCGUCGUGGCAGCAAAGAGCACAUCGAACGCCUCCUCCGUCUCCCCCUUCCCGCCAGACCCAAACUCCUCUGCCUCCACCAUCUCGACCGUCGAACGCGAAAUCCACGAUGCGGGCGGCACCGCAACCGCAAUCCCCGUCGACACACGCAGCCCUCUCUCUAUCGCUACACUCUUCGCUGGCACCCUAUCGCUCUACGGCCACAUCGACGUCAUAGUCUACAACAGCGGCGCAAUAUGGUGGUCCAGCGUACAAAACACGCCCUUCAAGCGCUUCCAGCUGAUGCAGCAAGUCAAUGUUGAAGGUCUAUACGCUGUGGUACAAGCCGCGCUGCCUCAGUUCGAGAAGCAAGGGUGGAAGGGCCGGAUUAUCGUUGUCAGUCCACCGAUAUACUCGCGCUUCUUCCGUGGCAAAACGGCAUACGCAAUGGGCAAGGUCGGCAUGAGCGUGCUGACCAAGGGGCUGGCGAUGGACUGGCAGAGGGAGGGCAAGAUGGAUAUGGCGAUCACGAGUAUCUGGCCUGCGGUUACGAUUGAGAGUGCUGCGACGCAGAAUGUUGAGGGUGAGAAUAGGAAGGAUUUGCGGAAGCCGACUAUUUACUCGGAUGCGAUUCUGGAAAUGUUGAGGGCUGAGCCUAAGGAGGUUAAUGGUUGUUUGGAGCUCGAUGAGGAUUUUCUGAGGAAGAGAGGGUAUCGGGAUGAGGACUUUGAGAAGUACAAUGUUCUGCCUGGAGUGAGGCCUAGGAGGAUCAUGCCGAAGGAGUUGCCAAAUCUGACGGUUGCGGAACAGGAUGAUGAGGGGAAGAGGGUGGAUAGUACGAAGCUGAGGGCUACAAAGCUAUGACAGGUGCGUGAGAAUCAGUCGCAAGGUCCGGGCUGUGUGUUGACGUUCGUUGAUGAGCAUUUUCGAGGACCUUGCACAGUAAGGGUGUGCUUCAACCGUCAUUGGGAGCGAUCUUUUACGAUUGCCAUAUACGAACGUCAACACAAAGCCUAGACUUCACUUACUGUUGCCUCAUGAAUUCGAAGCUCACAUUGUACAACUGCCACCUUGCCAUUUAUUACUUCUCCAUAUCCCCAGUUAAACACG